AUGCGGGGUGUGAAGCGGUUUAUAGUACGGGGAAAGUUGAGUCUCCGAUACAUUGGACCCUAUGAGAUAUUAGAGCGGGUUGGCACGGUGGGGUAUCAACUCGCCUUGCUGCCAAAACUCGCGGAUGUACACAACGUGUUCUAUGUCUCCAAUCUACGCAAGUAUAUUCACGACCUCGAGCACGCGAUGCUAUAUGAGCCACCGGAGCUUCAAGAGGACUUGAGCUAUAAAGAAUUUCCGGUGGGGGUUAUCACCCGAGAAGUGCGAAAGUUAAGAAAUCGAGUAAUCCCCUAUGUUAAAGUUCGGUGGAGCAAUCACGAUGAUCACGAAGCCAGCUGGGAGCUCGAGGAUUUGAUGAGAAAGCACGACCCUCAUCUAUUUGAGGAAUGA